UUGUAGUUAGUGCACGAUUCUGGAGUCAACGGUCACACUUCAUUAAUAUUAAAAUUAAUUAAAUUCCAACAUUGAUUUAAAAUCGAAUACUUAAGUUGUUCAAUGAUGAAGACAAAUUUUAAUAUAGUGCGCUUCCUAAAAUUAAAUGGUGUUAGAAGUUAUGGUAGCUGUAGUGCUACUAUUUCGCAAACAACCGAAUUCAGCCCUAAACAAUAUACGGGCCCGACACUGGCAAGAACUGACGAAAUAAAGGCAAACCAUAUCCCACCGGCAGUAUACAAUAUCUACAAGAAGCCAGUGCUGCUACACCAGGGUCACAUGCAGUGGCUCUUCGACCACGAGGGCCGCAAAUACUUGGAUCUUUUUGGAGGAAUUGUUACAGUCUCUGUUGGACAUUGCCACCCGAAAGUUGUUUCUGCCCUGCAGGAUCAAAUACACACCCUUUGGCAUACGACAAAUAUUUAUCGGCAUCCAAAAAUAUAUGAGUACGUAGAAAAACUCGUAGCCAAAUUUCCGGGAGACCUAAAAGUGGUCUAUUUGGUAAACAGUGGCACCGAAGCAAACGAUCUCGCGGUCCUCCUGGCCAAGGCGUAUACUGGCAACCAUGACGUCAUAUCUCUUCAGAACAGUUACCAUGGAGACUCUACGGCUCUGAUGGCUCUCACUGCGACUCAGAGCUAUCGCAUGCCCAUACCAGUGCCUCCGGGCUUUUAUCACGCAAUGCUUCCAGAUCCAUAUAGAGGUAUCUGGGGUGGGUGCAGAGACUCUAUAUCCCAAGUACCAGGGUCAUGCUCCUGUCCUGGCGACUGUAUUACUUCAGACAAGUACAUCCACCAGCUUCAGGAGCUGUUAGAAAACUCAGUUCCUGCCGGCCGAGUAGCAGCAUUCUUUGCGGAAUCCAUACAAGGUGUGAAUGGAGCUGUGCAGUUUCCAAAAGGGUACUUGAGGAAAGCACAUGAGCUGGUCAAGUCGAAAUACGGCGGUGUCUUUAUUGCUGACGAGGUGCAAACAGGUUUUGGCAGAACAGGUGACGCUUUCUGGGGCUUCGAAAACCAUGGCGUCACACCGGAUAUAGUGACCAUGGCUAAAGGGAUCGGCAAUGGUUUCCCGCUCGCUGCUGUAGUUACGACCAAGGAAAUAGCUGCUGCUCACACCAGAGCUACGUAUUUCAACACGUUUGGAGGAAAUCCUUUGGCAGCGUGUGUUGGAAAAGCUGUUUUGGAGACAAUCGAAGAAGACCAACUGCAAGAAAAUUGCAAAGUUAUCGGCAAGUAUUUCAUAGAGCAACUUAUGGAGCUGCAAAAAGAACAACCGUUAAUCGGUGACGUCAGAGGCAAAGGUCUGAUGCUGGGUCUCGAGCUGGUGGUGCCUGGCACGAAGCAAGCAUUGAAGGUGGCAGAUGUGUCAGUCAUUCACGAGGAUAUCAAGGAUCAUGGGAUUUUAAUUGGACGCGGAGGACGAUACAACAACGUACUGAGAAUCAAGCCUCCAAUGUGCAUCAAUAAGGAAGACUUCACAUCAAAAGUCGUGAAAUGUGAAGAGACGAAAGAACCAAUAACCGAAUAUGGGAAGGUGUCCAAUUUUGAAGGUUAUCAGGUUACUUUGGAGAAUACCAUAUUAUUCCCAGCAGGUGGAGGACAGCCUCAUGAUAUUGGCUGGCUGAAUGAAAUAGAGGUCCUUCAAGUCCUUCGUAAGGGAGAUGAGGCACUGCACUUCACCAAAGUGCCUUUAGAAGUGGGCUCGGAAGUCUCCCAAAAGAUCAACUGGGAUAGAAGAUUUGACCAUAUGCAACAACAUUCAGGUCAGCAUCUUCUGUCAGCAAUAUUGGAGAAAGAACACAACCUUCCUACAACCAGUUGGUGGCUCGGUGCUGAGGAGUCUUACGUGGAAUUAGACUCCACCAAAGUGAGUGAAGAGACCAUCAAAGCGACUGAAGACAGAUGCAAUGCCCUUAUAAGAGAAGCCAUUCCGGUCAACGUCAAGUUCUGUAAAGCCAAUGAUCCGGCAUUAGAUGAGGCACAUACCAGGGGCUUGCCGAAGGAUUGUAUGGACACAAUUAGAAUCAUCAGAAUCGGAGAUGUUGAUGAGAAUAUGUGCUGUGGAACCCAUGUUUCAAACCUGAGCCAGCUACAAGUAAUAAAAUUGCUUGGAGCAGAGCCUGGGAAAAAGGGAAAAACAAAUCUAAAGUUUCUGGUAGGCAACAGAGUUAACAAAACAUUUCAAACCAUGUUAGACAGAGAAAGAGCUUUGACUGGGCUACUAAAAAAUGAAGCAAGUAAACAUGAAGAACUAGUCAGUAAACUACAAAAGAACUUGAAAGUUUCAAACAAGAGCCUGCAAAACGUUUUACUAGAAUUAGCUCAGUUUGAAAUAGACAAAGUGAAAAAUUCCAAUCCAAAACCGAAAUAUGUGUUCAUGUUUAAAAAGGAGGCCACUCCAGAUUUCAAUAGAGCUAUAUGCAAAGGAUUAGAUGGGGAAGGAAUGUUUUUAUUUCUGGUUUCUGAAGAGCCAGAUAAGCCUAAAGAAGGCCAGAUCAUAAUUCAAGGACCUGAGGAACACUGCAAUGCUUUAGGGAAAACAAUCACUGAGCUGUUAAAAGGCAAAGGUGCAUUUAAAAAUGGAAAAUUCCAAGGAAAAGCUGGCGAUUUGGGAGGCAUUAACAAAUGCAAGAAGUUGAUUGAGGAAUACUUUAAUAAGAUUGAAUAAAAUAAAUGCAUACAUUAUUUUCUUUCAAAAUAAAUAAAUGUAAAUAAAAUAUGCAGUGCUUAAGAUAAAGGAAUAAACUUAAAUAAGUUCUUACAACAACCAAUUACUUAACAGUUACAUAAAUAUACUCUACUUUGUUAUACUCAGUAUAAAUUAAAUAUAAUACACCUUUAAUUGUUACUAAAUAAAUGUUUUAUUACGAUUACCAUUUACUUUAAUUUAUAAAAGACUUACUUAUCCUAGAGCUCUUGAAUAAUUCAGAUAUGAAUAAUAUCUUUAUGCUCAAUCCUUCAACUUGUGGGAUGUGUCCUUCGUGUUCAUGGCCAGAAGCUUCUCAAUGCCACGGUUGGUCCAGUCCUGAGUGGUGUCGUCAAGGUAGUUGUCGAAGUCUACGAGAUCC